UCUACUAUACACGGGAAAACGAUAAAACGAGUUCGUUUCCGGGCGCGGGCGGCGGCCUCCCUCUGAAGCGCUCGCGCAAUUCGUCGAACGCCGCCAUGGCAGCCACCGCUGACGCCGCCGACGAGGCCAAGCUCGAAUCGUUCCUCCAAUGGAUGCAGGCCAACGGCGCCGACCUCCGCGGCUGCACGAUCCGCGCGUGCGGCGGCGGCAAGGGCUUCGGCGUCUUCUCCACCGCCGCCCCCGAGCCGGGCGCCACCGAUGGGGUGGUGAUGGUGGUGCCCCUCGACCUCGCCGUCACGCCGAUGCGGGUGCUGCAGGACCCGCUCGUGGGCCCGCGGUGCCGCGCGCUCUUCGAGGAGGGGGGCGUCGACGACCGCCUCCUCGUCAUGCUCUUCCUCAUGGCCGAGCGGCGGCGCCCUGGCUCGCUCUGGAAGCCGUAUUUGGAUAUGCUUCCAAGCACCUUCGGGAGCUCCCUUUGGUUCAGCGAGGAGGAGCUUGCCGAACUGGAAGGGACGACUCUAUACCGUGCUACGGUGAUCCAGAGGAAGUCGAUGCAGUCCUUAUUUGAUGAGAAGGUUAAAGGUCUCGUUGAGGAGCUUUUACAUGCCGAUGAGUCAGCAAGCUCAACUGAGGUGGUGUUUGAGGACUUCCUUUGGGCAAACUCAAUCUUCUGGACUCGAGCACUGAACAUACCAUUGCCUCAUUCUUAUGUUUUUCCGGGGUUAUGUGGCGAUCAACACACAAGAACCGACGAUGAUGUUUGCGAUUCUGGUCUCCCUGCCCACCAGGAAACUGACGUCAAAGCUAAGGAUAGUACUGCUGAUGAAAAUUCUAAACCAAGUAACACGGAGUCGAUUUGGGUUGAGGGCCUUGUUCCAGGAAUUGAUUUCUGCAAUCAUAAUGUAAAGGCACUGGCAACAUGGGAAGUUGAUUCUGUGGGAAAUGCUACUGGAGUUCCUGCUUCGAUGUACCUUAUGCUUGCUGACAAAAGUUCUGUUGAGGCUGGAGCAGAGAUCUACAUAAAUUAUGGCAACAAAGGAAAUGAGGAACUACUGUACCUUUAUGGAUUUGUGAUUGACAACAACCCUGAUGAUUUUCUCAUGGUUCAUUAUCCUGUGGAAGCUCUUAGACAGAUCCAGUCUGCUGAUAUUAAGAUGAGACUACUGGAGAUACAGAAGGGUGAAUUGAGAUGUCUCCUACCCAGAAGUUUGCUUGAUAAUGGAUUUUUUGGUAUUCAUUCCAGUGAAGAUAAGGAUAACAAGAAAAAUAUCAGUCCUUUUUCUAGUUAUAGUUGGAGCGGUCAACGCAAAGUUCCAUCAUAUCUCCACAAAAUUGUUUUCCCUCAGGAAUUUAUGAGUACUCUACGUACGAUUGCCAUGCAAGAUCAUGAGCUUCAACAGGUCGCUUCUUUACUUGGAGAGGUUGGAUCUAGUGAAGAUAGAGAACCAUCUGAUGCAGAGAUCCAAAGUGCUGUUUGGGAGGUCUGUGGUGAUCAAGGGGCACUGGGUUUGCUUGUGGAUCUUCUUAGGGUCAAAAUGGCUGAACUUGAAGAGGGCUCUGGAACAGAAGAAUCUGACACGCAACUGCUUGAGGAGUUCUAUUCCAUUCAUUCAGAAGGCUACGUGAGUGUACCGAAGAGGGCAAAAGCAGUUAACAAGGUUGUUCCUGAGGGAGGCAGAGUAUCUUCUGGAGCUUUCUGCAAAAGAACAGACCUAAGAAACCUAUCUGGUCUGCAAAUUUAGAGUUGUCGUGGAAGAUAAUGUCCAGGCUUGCGGCAGUUUAGAAUUGCAGAAUUGUCAAGCUAAUGCUAGUAUCCGCACUUGAUGGAGUAUGACCAAAAGAGGCACCUGGCUGUAGUAAUAGUUUGAUGGGGGUUCUGACGACCUUCUCUGAGCACGGGAGGGAGCUAUCAGGUGGCGAAGUUGCAUUAGGUCCAGGUCUCCACCAUAUAUCCUUUCCGGCAACAGCAUAGGGGUUUUAUUAUUUAUUUAUCUCUACUCAGGAGGAGGCUUGCAUUGCAUUGGAGUUGGAUUAUUCUUUACCGUAUCAGGGUAGCAUAUUAAUACUUACCAUAUUAUCGUCUUCGUAUACACUGUACUGGGGGUGUUUGGAUCUCAAGGUAUAAAGUUUAGUCUUGUCGCAUCGUCACAUCGUAUGUUUCGAUACCAAUUAGAGAACUAAAUGAACUAAUUAUAAAACUAAUUGCGGAA